UACUUGGUGACGUGCACGCGACGGCGGUUAUGAAACAGGAACAACGUAACAUUCGCGACAGACUAACAUGGUGUAGCUCUAGUGCAAGAUGGGCACAGCCGCGAUAUGGCUGUUGUUGUUCGGUGCCAUCUUCGGGGUUUUGUCCGCGUCUCUCAGCAAAACGUUACGUUAUCAAGCGCCGGAUGAGUGCAAGUGGGUGAUGGUAGACGGCGGUGGCGAAGAUGACGUCGCCCUCGUUUGCCGUUUGCGUACCAUCAACAGCGAGUUGGAAAACACCAAUUUUAGCGUGAUCCAGCCCCAUCACACGGUGCGUCUGAGGCUCGAAUGUAGUGACGCGUUGUUCUUUCAAAGUUCGCUCAGUGCCGGGAGCUUUAAACCGCUGGUGGAGUUACGCGAGUUAUCCAUCGAAUAUUGCAAGAUCGGCAAUUUGUCAGACGGCGCCUUUCGCGGCUUAAAAGAUUUGCGCAAUUUAACGGUAAAAACUCACAACACCGAUUGGUCCGCGAUGACCCUCGAUGUAGCGCCCAACGCGUUCUCCGACGAGCUGAGAUUGCUAGAACGGCUAGAUUUAGGGGAGAACAAUAUGUGGAGCUUACCCGAAGGCACCCUCUGUCCACUGUAUUCGUUGGAGGUUCUCAAUUUAACCAAGAACCGUUUUCGAGAAGUCGGGAGCUUCAGGUUCUCGCAGGGGCACUCGGAACGGUGCGGUUCCAACCUGAAAAUCUUGGAUUUGUCGCGGAAUAACAUCGACAGGUUGCCAUCUGGUCAAUUCUCCGGUCUGUCGCGUCUAGAGAAAUUGUAUUUGCAAGGAAACGGUCUGUCGGUUUUAGCGGAUCGCGCGUUGGAAGGCCUAACGGCGUUGAACAUUCUAAAGUUCUCGGAUAAUCGUCUAGUCAAUUUGCCUCCGGAGUUGUUUGCGGACACUCGCGACAUCCGGGAGUUGUACUUACAAAAUAACUCUAUAAACGUGCUCGCACCCGGACUAUUCGGCGAGCUGACUCAGCUUUUGGUGCUCGAUUUGUCCCACAACGAACUCACCGCCGAUUGGAUUAAUUCGGCAACGUUCGCUGGACUCGUGAGACUCGUGGUACUCGACAUUUCGUAUAAUCGGAUGGGAAAAUUGGAGUCGUCCGUGUUUAGGGACUUGUACAGUCUCCAAAUUUUAAGGUUAAAUGACAACUUUCUGGAAACGAUACCGGAAAACACAUUCGCCGCUCUCUACAAUCUCCAUACGUUGAUUAUAUCAAACAACAAGAUCACGAGGAUCGAAGCCAACACUUUCAGCGGACUUUUUGUGCUCUCGUUACUUUCUGUGGAUAACAACCGCAUCAGUUGGAUCCACCACGAAGCUUUGAGAAACUGCUCUAGUUUGCAGGACUUGCACCUUAAUGGCAACAAGUUGUUACAAGUACCCGACGUUGUAAAAAAUGUCCCUUUGCUGAAGACUUUGGAUUUGGGGGAAAAUCACAUCGAUUACAUAAGCAACGACACGUUUAGCGAUUUGAAGCAAAUGUACGGACUGCGAUUGACAGAAAACAAUAUCGGCAACGUCACGCGAGGCGUGUUCGACAAAAUGGACGCCUUAAAAAUAUUAAACUUGUCGCGGAACAAGAUCCAAAAGGUAGAAAAGAGUAGUUUCGACAACAACCUCAAUUUACAGGCAAUACGUUUAGACGGAAACUUUUUGACGGAUAUUGAAGGCUUGUUUGCCAAACUGCCGAGUUUGGUGUGGCUUAACAUCUCUGACAAUAGACUCACGUGGUUCGAUUACGCCAUGAUACCCACAGGACUCCAAUGGCUAGACAUUCACGGCAACCAAAUUAAAGAGUUGGGUAAUUAUUUUGAGAUAGAGUCCAGCCUGUCGUUGAGCACGUUCGACGCGAGUUCUAAUAGACUAACAGAAAUUACCGGCAGUGCCAUUCCGAACAGCGUCGAAGUUUUGUUCUUAAACGACAACUUGAUAACCAAAGUGCAGUCGUACACGUUUUUCAAAAAGCCGAAUCUGACCCGCGUCGAUCUAUUUGGCAACAAAAUUACUAACCUAGACCCGAAUUCGCUGCGCAUAUCUGCGGUACCGUUGGAGAAGGAUCUCCCCGAGUUCUACAUCGGUGGCAAUCCUUACAAGUGCGACUGCACCAUGGAGUGGCUCCAGAAAGUUAAUGUGGACAACAGGGCGCGCACGCAACCGAAAAUUGUCGAUCUGGAGAGCAUAUACUGUCAAUUACUUUACAACAGAGGACGCACCUACGUCCCUCUCGUCGAAGCCGCUCCGUAUCAGUUCCUAUGUUCCUACGAAACCCAUUGUUUCGCCCUUUGCCACUGCUGUGAUUUUGACGCGUGCGACUGCGAAAUGACGUGUCCGACCAAUUGCACUUGCUAUCACGACCAGUCUUGGUCAGCGAACGUAGUAGACUGCUCGACCAGUAACUAUGUCACAAAACUGCCGGACCAAAUUCCUAUGGACGCGACUCAGUUGUAUCUGGAUGGAAACGACUUGAGAGUACUGAACAGUCACGCUUUUAUCGGUCGCAAGAGACUGAAGAUUUUAUUCUUAAAUAAUUCCAACAUCGAGCUGAUACAAAACCGAACGUUGCAUGGACUGAAAGAGUUGGAAAUCGUGCACUUGGAUAGCAAUCGACUGGCCGCACUACGUGGAUACGAGUUCGAAGGUUUGGAACGGCUUGGGGAAGUUUAUUUGCAAAACAAUCGCAUCUCGUCGAUUGAUAACGUCACGUUUAAAGGACUGAAGCAUCUCAAAGUACUGUACUUAGAUCACAAUAGACUGACCGCGUUCGACUUGUGGACGUUAUCGACUUCCUUAAUAGAAAUGACAUUGGCCAAUAAUCCAUGGUCGUGCGAAUGUGAAUACGUAGAGAAGAUGCGCGAGUGGAUGGUUAGAGGUGACGCUGUUCGAGACAUGAACUCGGUGCGGUGCGUUUACAACGCGACGGAUAUAAAUUACUACACGGUGGAAGUGUACGCGGACAAUCCAGAGCUCGGCUUUUACGUAACUAAGCAGAACGGUUCUGCAUGUACGGGUGCGCCUAACAUAGACAACGCCAUAAACGGGAAUUUAACGGCGACCAAAACUAUUAUAAAACAGCACGUUUUCCACGAUUACCUGCCGCUUUUGAUCGUUACUUUGGCGGUGUUCGCGGCGGUCGUCGCCGUGACCCUGACCGUGUUCGUUUUCCGACAGGAGUUGCGCGUAUGGUUCCAUGCGAAAUUUGGGUUACGUUUCUUCCAAAGUCGCGGGGACUUGGAUCGCGACGAUAAGGACAAACUGUUCGAUGCGUUUGUGAGUUACAGCUCGAAGGACGAGGCGUGGGUGGCCGAGGUGCUAGCCCCAGCGCUAGAACCAAACUACAAACUGUGUUUGCAUUACAGAGAUUUUCCUGUAGGGACGGCAUUUUUGGCCGACACCAUAUCUCAGGCUGUCGAUUCCUCCAAGCGAACCAUAAUGGUGCUCUCGGAGAACUUUAUCAAGUCCGAGUGGUGCAGGUUCGAGUUUAAGUCGGCGCAUCACCAGGUGAUGCGCGACAGAAGGCGGCGUCUCAUUGUGGUACUGCUGGGGGAGGUGCCUCACAAAGAUCUGGACCCUGACAUCAGAUUAUGUUUAAAAACGAACUAUUAUCUGCAGUGGGGCGAAAAGUUAUUUUGGGAGAAGCUGAAAUUCGCCCUGCCCGAUGUACAGAACAAUCGGCGUCACCCGUCGGUGAGAGUACCCCACGUGCACCAUCACGUACACAGGCAUAGUGCCAGGGGACAGGCGCCCUCGGCGCCGUGCGCUGGGACAGGCGGACCCAGGACAGUGGCCAUCCACAUAUGACAGUAAGGGUAGUCGUUAUAGCGUAAUUUAUUCCUAAUGUCAGCCUAUUGUGAUACUACUUAAUAUAAAUUCGAACUGUGAGUGCAAUGUGAAUGCAGCGUGUGAUAUAGUCGGGAUAACGUUCGUUUAGAAAAAUGAGUGAUGAGUAAAACAAGAGUCAAACUCUCUAUAUUUGUAAAUAUGCCCAAUGUGUAAAAAAUUAUUUCAAUAUGUUUCCUAUAUACGUCGUAUUUAUUUUUUUUUAAUCGCGAAAAUUUCUUACUUGCCUGUUUUGUUGCGUAGAGAAAAACACGAAACGUUUGUACAGAACCCUUCUCAAAGACUGUUACGUAAUAUGCUCGCGACGAGGCUGAGCUUGUGAAUAUAUCGAUUAAAA